AUGGGAAAGGUAAAGGGAUCCGUGUGGAAUCAUUAUAUCGAAACAACUGCAGAUAUCUACCAGUGCAAGUACUGCAAAAAACAUUUUAAAAAAAAUGCUACUAGACAAUUUACUCAUUUAAAAAAUUGCCUCAAAAUUUCACCCGAAAAUAAAAAAGAACUUUUAACGAGCACACAAAAAUUUACAGAAAAAUCUGACAUAAAAUCUGAUAAAGAGACUGCUGAUAAUAACCAUGAUGCCUUGUGUUCUUCCAAUAUUUCUACAGUGAGCACAGUUACUUUAUGUAGUGCUUGUAGUAGUAAUUCCACAACAUCUACUACCAAAUUACAAAAUAUUCGUCCAUUUUUUGAUGAGAUUCAUCCUAACGAGAAACAAAAAUUAGAUAAUUUAUUUGCAAGAGCCGUUUUUGUAUCUGGGUCUCCACUAUCGAUGAGCGAAUCUGAUGUGUGGUUGCAGUUUUUUCAAAGUUUAAGACCAUGCUACCAACUUCCAAGUCGUUAUAUCUUAUCAACUUCUCUCUUGGAUACCCAGUUUGAAGAAAUACAGUCUUGUGUGAAAUCUAAAAUUUCAGAAGCUUCGGUAUUAACUUUACAGUGCGAUCAGUGGUCCAAUGUAAGAAACGACUCUAUUACAAAUUAUGUAAUAAAUACACCCACACCAGUUUUUUACAAAACGGAACAUACAAAAAGCAAUCGACAUACGUCGGAGUUUUUAAAAAAAGAAAUUAAAUUAGUUUUGGAAGAGAUUGGAGUACAUAAAUUUUUAGCUAUUAUAACAGAUAAUGGUGCCAAUAUAAGAAAGGCACGGCGAGAAAUUCAUAACGAAUUUUCAUACAUGUUAGAAUAUGGUUGCAUAUGCCAUUCCCUUAAUCUUUUGGUUGAAGAUAUUUUGAAAUUAGACGAGAUAAGUAACUUUAAAAAAAGUGUGACUGCAGUUGUGAAAGAAAUAAAAAAUUCACAUGUAUUACAAGCUCGUUUAAAGGAAAUUCAAGAAGAAAAGAAUAAAGUCAGUUUAAGCUUAAAGUUACCUGUGAGGACAAGGUGGAAUUCCUUUAGUAUGUGUUUAGGAAGAUUGUUACGAUUAAAGCAAAUAUUAAAAUUAUUAUGCGUCGAUCCUGCUGCAGAAAAUUUUAUGUCGAAUUUAUCAAAGUCUUCUUUAUUAGACGACAGAGAAUUUUGGCCCUUGGUCACUAAAUUGUAUUCACUCUUUGCUCCAAUUAGCAAAUGGAUUACAUUAUUUGAAUCGGAUGAACCGCAUAUUUCAAAGGUUGCAGAUUGUUUUCAUGAAAUUAAUAAAAUGCUUCAAGAAAAAUUUGAUGAUGAUGAUGAUAACUUUGGAAUCUUAGACAACAUAUUCAAACAACGGAAAUCGAAAUCUCUAGGACCGAUUCACUAUUUGGCAAAUCUACUUGACCCAUCACAAAAAGGAAAGAAGUUGACUAAUAAUGAAAUUAUUACGGCUACAGAACUAUUUUAUCAAAUUGCGGAGAAGCACCCUAAAUAUUGCGAAUUCUUUGAAGAGAUAAUUGAAGGUUUUGCCCAGUACAGAGCAGGUCAUGGAAUAUUCAGCAAAGAAUUUGUAAAAAAAAGUGAAAAUGCGAUCUCACCUUUAACAUGGUGGAGUGGAUUAUGUUCUACAUCUAAAAUAAGUACCAUGGCCGCAGAUAUUUUAUCGCUGCCUUCUUCCACCGCGGCUACAGAAAGAACAUUUAGCAGAUAUGCAACUAUUCACACGGCCAAAAGAAAUCGACUUACAGUGGAGCGUGCUGGAAAGCUCACGUUUAUUGCCCAUAAUAUUCAGCUAGGAAAAAGCAAGAGCAAGCUGAAUCACGCAGCAAGCAGCAUAUCAAACGAAGAUGAUGACAUUGACAACAAUGAAGAUGAUCAUAAUUCGUCUGAUGAAGACUACGAUUUUAGACUGAUUGCCGACUGA